CAACAAUCCACUGUUAGAAAAGUCGACAGGCGCGGAGGAGCAGAUAAACAGCGUCAUGUUCUCUCGCAGGUGGGGGUUCGGCUGGGACAGUUACAGUGAGGUGGACCUCUUCACAGACCGCUAUGACGCCAGUGCAGAGACGCUCUCGCAGGCCAUCAGAGCCGCUGCGUCUGAGGAGCCGGACGCAGACGGCAGCGUGCCGUUUGGCCACCUGCAGGGCACUGUGGUCGGCCUCAGAUUCUAUACAGGGGUGGUGAAUCAAGGGGAAAUGGUCGGUUUGGUGCGACAGCCCCAGAAUCCAUACGACCGCAAUGCAGUGAUGGUGUCCAACAUUUAUGGCAACCAAGUGGGUCACAUUAAGCGGGAGCUGGCGGCAGCAAUGGCUCAUGUUAUGGACAACAAUUUGGCGAAAGUAGAGGGCGUGGUGCAUUCAGGGACCAAAAACUCCUUCACCAUGCCAGUGAUGCUGUCCUUCUGGGGCCAAGAAGAAAAUAAAAAUGCUGUGAUGGAGAGCAUGUCACGCCGCGGGUUUAAACUAAACUCAGGUGCAAGCAAAGCAACAGGUACAAGUCAGAACUCAUAUACUCAAGGGCAGGGUGCUCGUGCGUACUCAUCUAAAAAAGGAUUGACCACCGCUCUGUCUGCAGAGGAGCUGAAGAAUGCAUUUGACAACCUUUUUGAUGGUUUGAUGGAGAGUAAAGACGGAGAGAAACAAGCGGCCGAGUCUGUAGGUACUCCUCUCAUGCCUCACCAGAAGGAGGCGCUGUCCUGGAUGUGCGCUCGAGAAAACAAAUCUACCCUGCCGCCGUUUUGGGAGAAGAGAGGCGAGCUGUACUACAACACUCUCACAUGCUUCUCUGCCAAAGAAAUACCAGAGAUAAUUCGAGGGGGAAUAUUGGCAGAUGACAUGGGACUGGUGAGGGAAACUCUGACAACCAUUGCUCUGAUCCUCACUAACUUCCACAAAGGAAAGCCUCUGCCUGUGGAGAUAUGUAAGGAGCGGUCUUCACCUUUCAAAGCCAAAACUAAACCAGACAUGGCCUCCAAACUGGAAGGAAGCAGUGCAGGCGAUCAAGCAGCUGGUUCUCUCUGCUCAGACCUUCCUCAGGUGGAGGUGAUUGAUUCGGAAGAGGUUGCUGUCAAGUCAGAAAAAAGUACGAGCAAAGGGAAGAGGAAAGCCACCAAGCGACAGCCCAGUAAAGAGGCCCCAGUGCUGCUGGAGGAUCUGGACUUUGCUGCAGCGCUUGGUGGCUCAGCAGCAGAUUCCGGCACAAAGAAGAAGAAAACCAGCAAGAAGGCCACUCCCACACUCAGUGAGGAAUCCUUCAUCACUGACAGUGCAGAGGACCUAUCAGCUCGCCCGACUCUCAUCAUCUGCCCGCUCUCUGUCAUCAGCAACUGGCUGGACCAGUUUGAGCAGCAUGUGCGUGCUGACGUGAAGCUAAACGUGUAUCUGUAUUACGGGCCGGAGCGCAACAGGAACAAGAACUUUCUGUCCUCUCAGGAUGUGGUGAUCACGACCUACAACGUCCUCUCUGCUGACUUUGGGAAUAAGAGUCCCCUGCAUGCGAUCAAUUGGCUGAGGGUUGUGCUGGAUGAAGGACAUGUUGUCAGAAACCCUAAUGCACAGAUAAGCAAGGCUGUGCUCGACCUCAAAGCUCAGCGGCGCUGGAUUCUGUCAGGUACUCCUAUCCAGAACAGUGUGAAGGACCUGUGGAUGCUGCUGGCCUUCCUGCGCCUGAAGCCCUUCGAUGUGAAAGAGUGGUGGAACAGAGUGAUCCAGAGACCCGUCACUCAGGGGGACAGAGCCGGCCUGCAGAACCUUCAGACCCUGGUGAAGUGCAUCACCCUGAGGCGCACGAAGAGCAGUGAGAAGGACGGGCGCCCCCUGGUGUCUCUGCCGGAGAAGACAGUGAGCGUGGAGCAGGUGGAGCUGAGCCAGACCGAGAGAGAGGAGUACGAGCUGGCACGCAACGAGGGAAGAAACACCAUCGGCAGGUACGUAGCUGAAGGGACAGUCCUGAGGAAUUAUGCCGAUGUGUUGGCCAUCCUGAUGAGGCUUCGUCAGCACUGCUGCCACCCUGAUCUGCUGGCAAAAACAUCCUCAGACCUGGGUGCUGCAGCGACGCCUGCAGAGCUGCGGGAGCGUCUGAUAGAGAAGCUGCGCUCGGUGUUGGCCAGCGGCUCCGAUGAGGAGUGCUCAGUGUGUCUGGAGUCUGUGCGUCUGCCCGUCAUCACACACUGCGCCCACGUCUACUGCCGGCCCUGCAUCGCCCAGGUCAUCAGCAGCGAGCAGGAGAACGCGCGCUGUCCUCUCUGUCGGACUGAGAUCAAGGCCAAUGAGCUGGUGGAGUUUCCACAGGAGAAAAUGGAGGAAGAGAAAUGUGCAAACCCUGACAAGUGGAGGACGAGCUCGAAGGUGCAGGCGCUGAUGGGAAACCUGCUCAGGCUUCGAUGUGAAGACAGCACCAUCAAGUGUUUGGUCAUCUCUCAGUUCACACGCUUCCUCACCAUACUGGAGACCCCACUCAGAGAGCAAGGUUUCAGUUUUGUGCGUUUGGACGGCAGCAUGAGUCAAAAGAAGAGGACUCAGGUGAUCCAGGAGUUUCAGAGCUCUGCAGCCGACGGCCCCUCCAUCAUGCUGCUGUCACUCAAAGCUGGGGGGGUGGGGCUUAACCUGACCGCCGCCUCUCAUGUGUUCCUCAUGGACCCCGCGUGGAACCCUGCGACCGAGGAGCAGUGCAUCGACCGCUGCCACCGCCUGGGACAGACCAGGAGAGUGGUCGUCACCAAGUUCCUUGUGAAGGACUCAGUGGAGGAGACCAUGGUGAAGAUCCAGAAGCAGAAGCAGGAGCUGGUGGACAAGGCGUUUGGCUCCACGAACACGGACAGGAAAACGUCUCGCAUUGAUGACAUCAAAGCUCUGAUGGAGCUGUAGAGGACUCGAGUACAUUUCUACUGUUUGUAUUGUUCACAUGUUAAAUGUCGUUACGGUCGGACUGCUCGCAUCUGAAGGGCUGCGGAGAUUUUUUUACACAUUUUGUAAAGCUAACAUUUUGCAUUCAUAGUUUAUCAAAUGUUGUUUUCUUUAACGGUUAAAGUUUCUGUAGUGUUUACAUGACGAACCCAUUUGCAAGUUGUUGUUUCGGUUCAGUUGUGAUGCUUAAUACGAGUUGUUCUUGGACAAAGCUGUGAUUAUCCGGUUGAUAAGGAUUUAGUUGAAAAAUGAAUUCCUUUUGUUACCAAGUAAAGACUGAGGAAAACCUGUUUUCCCACCUUGAGUUGUUGAGAUGCAAAAUCUAACAGCCAUGAAGAUGUAAAUGUCCUGUCUGUUAUUUCUUUACCAUCUCUGGAUUCAAUGCAGUCUGCUGAUAUUGUACAUUUGUAGUUUCUACAUAGAGCUGCUUUCAGAACUUCUGUGUUUUUCUAACCAAAAACAUGAAAUUAAAGAAACAUCUGUUAACAACA